CGGAGAUUGCGCCCCCAGGCGGAGCAGGUGCAGCGUGGGCAUGGCCUGGAGGGCGUGGUCAGAGAGAGAGGGAUGAGUGACCAGGAUGUAGAGAACAGACAACAGAUCGUCUCCACAUGCAGGAAGUCCUAACAGCCGUCCUGCCUGAGGUGAAACUCAGGCUCUAUGGGUCUUCCUGCACCAAGUUUGGUUUCAAGGAUUCUGACGUCAACAUUGACAUCCAGUUCCCACCUCAUAUGCAUCAGCCAGACGUUCUGUUGCAGGUACAGAAGAGUCUGUCAGUUAGCCUUCUCUACUGUGACCUGGAGGCAGACUUCCAUGCCAGGGUACCGGUGGUCAUCUGUAAAGACAAGAACAGUGGUCUGGUGUGUAAGGUGAGCGCAGGAAAUGACAACGCCUGCCUGACCACCUCCUUCCUGUUUGAGCUGUCCAAUCAGGAGCCUCUCCUGCUGCCACUGGUCCUGGGCUUCAGACACUGGGCCCGGAUCUGUCACGUGGACCGAGCGGAGGAGGGAGGUCUGCCGUCGUACGUCCUGGCUCUCAUGGUCAUCUACUUUCUCCAACAGAGGAAACGGCCCGUCCUGCCGUCCUACCUGGGACACGAGAUAAAGGAGUUCUCCAUCAGCAGGCUACAUGACUUCAGUCUGACCAUGGAGGAUGGCUGUGUCCACUGGGGUUACUAUCCCGUCUCUAAGGACUCACCCCCAGAAACCAUCUACAGGGAGGGCAAGGCUCCUCUGGUGUUCCAGAACUCUGUCCCUCCUCCAGCGGUGGGUCUCCUGUGGGUGGAGCUGCUUCGCUUCUAUUCGCUGGAGUUCAACAUGGCGGAGUGUGUCAUCAGCGUGCGCACCAGCAUCGUCCUACUCAGGGACGCCAAGGACUGGCCAAGAAACGCGAUUGCCGUGGAGGAUCCGUUUGCUGUGAAGAGGAACGUGGCUCGUACAUUGAACAGCCAACAGAUGUACGAGUACAUCCUCCACUGCCUCAAAUCGACCUACAAGUACUUCGCCCUGCCCCUCAGCCUUCCCUCAGCCAACCACAAGAUGGCAGGGCCGCGAGGAGCUAAUUACAAGCAAGGGCCUAGUCAGAAGGCUCUGAGUGUCCAAUCAGGGUUGAGCAGUGUCAAACUGGAGUCUCAGGCAGCCAAUGGGCAGAAAGGAGAGGCGGGCUUGAAGCAGGACUCUGACUGUAUGGUGGAGGAYGAGGAGGAGAGCCCUACAGACUCUGAUAACGAAGGAGAGAAAGAAGAUGAGGAUUUGGGGAAGAACAGCCUGUCUGAGGAGGAGGAUGAAGAGCUCGAUGAGGAAGUAUAUCCCAGACAUCACCUAGACAGUGUGAACACGGAGGACGAAGAGCUGUUCCCAUUGGACGAGGUCUCGGAGGAGCUUCUCUCAGACGAGGAGGGGCCAGACCUAGAUACUCCCAGUUCAUUGGACGAGGAGGAGGUGGCCUCGCCUAAACAGGAAGUGCUUGACAACAAGACCGAGGGGGCCAGUGGUCUCUGCUAUGGCUUCACCAGACAGGCCUUCACCCGUGGAAAGUCCCACACAGUGGUGUGUAGUGUGUGUAAGCGGGACGGCCAUCUAAAGAAGGACUGUCCUGAAGACUUCCAGAGGGUUCAGCUAGCCCCUCUCCCUCCCAUGACACCUGCCUUCCUCACAACACUCAACACCGUCUGCCAGCAGUGUUACCGYGACUUUGCUCCAGAUGAGGUGGAGCUGGGAGUGAGAGAACACAUCCUGCUGGACCUCGAGAGCUUCGUCAAACGGCAGUUCACAGGUGCCAGACUGAGGUUGUUUGGUUCGUCUAAGAACGGCUUUGGCUUCAAGCAGAGUGACCUGGACAUUUGUAUGGUGCUGGAUGGACAGGAGACCGCUGAAGUAAUCGAUUUGUAUCUUCUCUCUCUCUCUGCCUCUCCUCUCUGCCUCUCUCUCUCCUCUCUUCCUCUCUUCCUCUCUUCCCUUACAAAGGAGAAGACAGAGGAACACACCUGUGUAUACCUGUACUACAGACGAGGUAAGACACAGAGGAACACACCUGUUAUACCUGUACUACAGGAGAUUUACGACGAGGAGGAGAAGCCUGAGGUUUUGGUAGAUGGAUGGAAUGUCUACUUCUACCAUGAUCUGGAGAAACUGCCUGAGCGCUGGCAGCAGAGGAACGUGGAGUGUGUAGGUGCUCUGUGGCUGGGCCUGCUGCAGUUCUACACCGAGACCUUUGACUUCAGAGAACAUGUCAUCUCCAUCAGACAGAGCGCAGCUCUCACCACGUUCAACAAGCAGUGGACCUCUAAGUACAUCGUCAUCGAGGAUCCUUUUGACCUGAACCAUAACCUGGGAGCUGGCCUGUCCAGGAGAAUGACCAACUUCAUCAUGAAGGCGUUCAUCAAUGGCAGAAGUGUGUUUGGAACAGCAGUCAACGCCUACCCUCCUGAGCUACACUAGUCAGAUGGAGUUCUUCUUUGACCCCGAGGUGCUGACAGAGGGACAGCUGGCUCCUAACGACCGCUGCUGCAGGAUAUGUGGCAAGAUCGGACACUU